CAAAAACGAGGCCGAUAAGCAAUCCUUAGUAGUGUGUAUGAUCCUUGGGGAGAAUAGAGGUCCCGCCGCCAUAUUCCUGCUAAUCUUAAAUAUAAAUGUAUUAAGCUGUAAAUGGACACCUUUCAUAAAAAAAAUUAAAACAACAUAAUUUGAUGCAGGUACCUAAUAAUAAUCAUCAAAUACAUUGUUUCCAAUUUUUUAUGAUAGAUAUCCAUUUAAAUCCCACAUAUUCAGAUUCAAAAUUAGGAAGAAUAUGGCGGCGGGACCUCCAAUUGUCGGCACUGUAUGUAAAGGUUUAUUAUUAGUUUGCUCUUGAUCUGAAUCAACUCCAAAAAUAUUGUUCUGCACUUGCCACCCAGAUCGCAGAGUGCGCCAUAGGACAGUAUAGUAGAAUACCCUUUGAAAGAAAAAAACAAAGGCAAGAAAAGGAAAAUUGGUAGAACAUACAUAUUUUUCAACCGUAUCAAGCCCGUGUUGGCUGCUCCGUAAAUGCAGGAAAAAUGAUAUAUGGAUCGAUUAUCAACUGGUUUCGUCAACAAAUAAAAGAAAGCCCUGAACCUACCCGAUAGAGCUACGUUCGAUAACAUGUUGGUUCCCGAAUGCGCCCUUCCAACACAUGCCUAUUCAUAUGUUCAUCAUUCAACGUCAACAUCAGGAGUAGGAGUAGGAGUAGCAGACUAACCAAUCAGAGUACACUCAAGCAACCAGCAACGACCAACAACGGCCACGUUUUUUAAUUUUUUCAAACGUUUAGGUUACGUUCUAGUGUAGUACAACACCUACUUAAUUUAAUUUAUAUUUUGAUUAUUUUGAAAAAGGAAAAGAAAAAAUGUCCGAGAACAAAAAAACGAAGGAGAUCGUGGAGAAGUACAUGGAGACAAUCACCAUUCCUCCAAUUCCAGGCCAUGCAGAAAGCACCAAGACACUGGUGGCCAAGAUGAUUGACCAUCCAGCGUACAACAAUCCAAAUUAUGAAUGGAGCGCAAACGACUUCGAAUGGGGAAAGAAACUCGGAGAAGGUGCAUUUGGUAAAGUUUUUUUGGCGCGUGACAGGCGCAGCAGAUUUGUAGUGGCCAUUAAGACCCUACUGAAAAAGAAAAUUGUCGAGAAAGGCGCCGAAAAACAAGUAGUAAGGGAAAUCGAAAUACAGAGCCAUUUGAAACAUCCAAACAUACUACAACUUCUGGCCUGGUUCCACGAUUCUCAUAGAAUUUACUUAGUCUUGGAAUAUGCUAAUAAAGGACAGUUAUACACACGUUUAAAACGUUUUGGUAGAUUUGACAAUCACCACGCAGCCAAAUACGUAUAUCAGGUUGCCGAUGCUUUGGAGUAUUGUCAUCAGAAUCAUGUUAUUCAUAGGGAUAUCAAACCUGAAAACUUGCUUCUUACUAUUACUGAUGAUGUUAAGGUAGCCGAUUUUGGUUGGUCUGUCCACUCGCCUUCAAUGAAAAGAAACACUAGGUGCGGCACUUUGGAUUACUUACCACCUGAAAUGAUUGACGGCAAAGAUUAUAGACAUCAUGUCGAUAAUUGGUGUUUGGGAAUUUUAUGUUAUGAAUUCUUGCAUGGUAGAGCUCCAUUCGCAACCAAAGCUGUAGCGGACACUUGUAGACGAAUUAAAAUGAGAGACCUACAUUUUGAUAAACACAUUAGUGACAACGCUAAGAACUUCAUUAACAGGUUGGUCGUCCUUAAGGGUGAAAAAAGAAUGUCUUUGAAAGAGGUGAUGAAGCACCCAUGGAUUAUGGAGUGGGUUAAUCCCAACAAGGGCAAAAAAUAGAGCCACACUUUGAAUCAGAGUCGAUAAGAAUAAUCAUCUCUGACAAAACUUAAUUUUUAGUUUGUAGGUUUUUGUAUUGCAUUAAUAUUUUUUUCUUUUGGCUGAAAAAUAAAGCCACCCUACGAAUUAUUAAUCAUUAGAAGUUUUUUUUUUGUAUAAAUCUAAUCGAUAAGAUUUUUUUGAUGAAAUCUUUAAAAUAUUUUCCAAUCAUCCAAUCGACUCUGACUUAUAACUUUUCUACUGAGUAGAUAAUUUAGUUUUUGGUUUUUAGUUUGUAGUUUUUUGUGUUGCAAUAUCAUUGUUUUCCUUUGGUAGAAAAAUAAAGCCACACUGCGAUCAUAGUCAAUUAGAUUCAUUCAAAAUGUUUUCUAUGACUAAUUUGUGAUGUUUUUGGCUGUUUCAGAAUAUUUUUU